UCUGUCCUGCAGAUCGAGGUAAAGUCCGAAGGGAAGGGAGAAGGAGCGCGUUUCUUUGUGUGUGUGUAUAUAUAUAUAUAUAUGUGUGUGUGUGCUUCAGAGCUCCUGCGCGCCGAGAAAGUCCACAAACUUAUUAGUUUCUAAACUAAAUCGUUAUCAGUACCAGCUUUGUGGUCAUUUAAAAAAUAAUAAUAAAACUAAGACCACAGACUUAUUUGUGAACGUGAGAAACCGACUUGACGGCGAAACUGGGAGGAAACAGUUUUUCCCUUUUUCUUCGUACGGACACGGCAACGCAGAAAGAGCGGAUGAUCGAUCCUGGAGGUAAAUCCUAGCACUUUGUUCUGUGACGAUCACCGAAAGGGAAGGAGGAUCCUUCUUCUUCUAAAAGCAUCUGUCACAUUCAAGACUCUCCCAACAUGUCUCUAGCCUCCUUCCACUUAAUGCAGGCCCUGAAGGACUCGCCUGCUGCCCUGCGCAGACACUUUAAACGGGAUCGCACAGAGAGCCUUUCCCAUGGAGACCCCAUAUUCAAAGUGCACUACCUAGGCACCAAAAAGAUCUUUUCCCUAGACCUAGAGCAGGCUGAGGAAGCCAUCAACCGGCUGCUGGACGGUGCUCCUGGAAAGUUAUCCAAAGACCAUGCUCUUGUGGUCCGGCCACGUUAUGUGGAAGUGAAAGAGUUGAGCACAGGGAGGCAGCUCACUAAGACCUACCUGCACGAUAUUGCCUAUUGCGCAUCACACACAGCUCAUCCCAACGUGUUCCUCUAUAUCUGCAGACAGCCUGGGCAGCAGCUGCAGUGUAGGGUGUUCUGGUGUAGUCGUGUGGAAAGGGCAAAGGAUAUGACAGCCUGUCUGGCAAACUCAUUUCAGAGGGCACUAAACGACUGGCAAGGUGGCUGUGCUACACUGCCAAAAGCAGAGGGCAUUGCUAAGGAGGAUGAGGCUGACAUCACCCCUGCUGCUGCCAAAGGAUUGACGCUGCCAGCCAGUUUGGGGAAAGUGCGCUGGAAGAAGAAGGGCUCAAUUUCCCGCAGUCCUCUGAGAGCCAUCACCAGGCGUGGCUCAGCCAGUGAAAACUGGCAGUGAGGUUCCCAGCUGCUGGACCUUUUGACCCCUAUGGGAUCCUACCAACAAGAAGGCACUUUCUCUCCAUUCCCACCAUCCCAACAAAGUGACAGAUGACAACGGCUGGACCUGUCAUAACUUGACUCCGAAAAAACUUUCUGGCAAUGAAAGUCUAAAGAGUGUGAACUGUUGCCAAAGUUGCUGUUCUUGCAUCGUUUAGAGCAGAGACACUGAUGACUGACAAUGUGGGUGAGCCAAUAGUUCAUAGAUUAUAUGCUGGACAUUUUUAUUUUAUGUAUUGCUUGUCUAAUUGAUAGCAGUAUUGUUUGUAUCUUCAUCUCAAGACCUUUAUGGACUUGCAUGCAAGUACAUGAAGAUAAAUAUAUAUUAUCCAAGUUAAGUAAAGCUGACCUAACUAGUGGCUUAAAAUAAAGUUAGCUCUUUUAAUUAGGUUUAUUAAUAAUUUAUUUCCCUCUAAAUAUAAUAUGCUUGAAUGGUGGGAAGAAACACCGAAACCAGGAAUGUAUUUAGUAUUAGGCAUGUUGCAUCAGGGAUUUGUGUAAUAACAGGGAGGAUGCAGGAAGCAGUGUUGCAAUGGGAGUUCUAUCCAUAAUACCACCCAAAACCGUAGUUGCAAACCACUACAAUUACAAGUUACACACAAUUUCACAUGUACUUUUGGUGCAAUUUCUAACCAGAGGAAAGCCACUUUUUUCAGCAUGGCUUUUGCUGAGUUUAAAAGGAUUGGGUGGAUUAUGCUUUAGAAUAUCCAUGUUGAGAUUAGACUUGAUCUUCCAGAUUCCUGGAUCCAGAUCAGUUUGUUUGCUUCUAACCAUAAAUAAGGGGUAAUAAGCUAGGACCUUAGAGAAAAUUCCCAAGAGAAAAUAAGUAGCACAGUGUGUGUUUGUGUGUGCACUGAGCGAGAGAACACAAUGUGCUGUGAGCAGUCUGUGUAUUCAUGCCGUGCACCUGCAUUCCAAUAGGGCCAUUCUGGACUCCUUUAUGUUCCUUCCCAUCUUCAAUCUACAUCCUGUCUUCAGGACUUCAGGUUUUUAACAUCAAAUUUGACCCUUUUUUUUAAUUUGGUUGUUCAUGUUAAGCUAGUGAAAUCAAAAUGCUAAUUUGUGUGCAAAUUUUAGCAUUAAGAGCACCAGUCCUGUGUAUGUGUGGCUUCAUAAACCAAGUACAUUCAACAGGAUUAAAUGCUACAGAUUUGACUGCUGUGCAUCACCUUGCUAAUUCAUAGGAAGCUAUUUUUUACAGCCAAUGUUGUUAAUGCAUAUUCUAAUUGGAAGUAUGUGCAUAUUUAAUGGUGACGUACAGAGUCUUACUAGGAUAACAUCCAGGCAGUUGGCUCAGUUAUGUUUUGGAUAUUUUAUCAUUGGUUUUAAUCUAAUUUAUAUUAAAGUGUAACCCACAAUACAAGGACACCAGGCCUGCCACCAGGAUCUGCAUGUCUGCUCAAGGGUUGUUUUUUUUUUUUUAUGUCAAAUGAAUGUGCAUGUUUUUGUUUUACAUUUUUUGUGUACAUUUUUUUUAUAUAUAUAUAUAUAUAUAUAUAUAUAUAUAUAUA